AUGGUUGCCAAGGCGAAGAGAAGGCUCGUUUUUUUUUAAGUUUUUGUUCUCCAAAUAGUUUCAGAAAACUAAAAAGUUUAGGAUUUAGAACCCUUUGAAGAAAAGAUUAUUUUCAGAACUCUAAGCUUUCAAAAAAAGUAAUUUAUAUGCGGAAUUUCAUUCUAAACAAAAAUAUGCAAAUUUUUUUAUUUAAUAACCCUUUUAUUUUUAUUUUUGACGCUUUCAAAUUGUGUUCAUUGAAGUUUUCUAAAGCUUCUUAUGCUGAGAUUUAUAUUACAGAUCAAAAAAAGAAGAAAAGGAUGAGGAAAAAGUUGUUGAUCCACGCUUUGUUCUGAGGCCUGACCAAAAGGACGAAGAAGAGAAAGAAAGAGUGGAAGAAGAAAAAGAUGAAGAAGGCGAUCCGGUCGAAGGAGGUUCUGACGAAGAAAAUGAAGAUGAAGAGGAAGAAGAUUCCGACGAAGACGAUGAAAUGGAAACUUCUUCUGCUCGUUGGUUUUUUAUUUUCAUGAGCGAGGAAAUUAGAUUAAGUAAAGCUUUUUUCGAAAAGCCUUGUGGUUGAAGGUGCAAUAGUCCUUAAUGACCUUAAUUAAGACCCAAAUAGAAUUUUCGUGUCGAAAGUUCCAUAAAAUCCAUUCAUGCUUUUUUUUUUCAAUAAAGGACUUUUUCGAAUUAUAUCAGUAGUGCUUCCGUUUCAGGAUCCGAUGAACUUGAAGACGAAAAGAAAGAGGUCAAUUUUGAAGAGAAACAGCGGAAAACAGGGGUAAUAUUUUGCUUCUCUCGUUUUAUUCAAAACUUUUGUUUUACAGGUGCUAUAUUUCUCAAUGAUUCCGCCAAAGUUCACCGUCGUUCGCUUACGUGAAUAUUUCGAUAAGGUUGCGCCUGGCGAAAUCGGAAGAAUUUAUUUAAUGGUAAACAUUUUUUUAUUAUUUUCUAAUUUUUCUAGAGUGAAUUUUUCGGGAUUUUUCUCUCAAUAUUUUUCAAGUAUAGAGAGAAUUUGCGAUGCAAAUUUGCCCUUUUUUCCAGUAUUUGAAAAAAAAAUUUUCUUUCGAGGUUAUGCUACAUUUUUUGAUGCUCCAAUUAAAAACAAAAAAAUUAUUGAAAAAAAAUCGGCAUUCAAAAUGAAAAAGCUCACCAGAGAACUUUUUUUAGAUCUUGUUUCCGAGUUAUGGAGCUUCAAAGUGUGCAAAAUACGCAAAUUAGGCCAAAAAAGCGCUAUUUCGGACUGUCCUAACUUUAAAACGAAGGGGUAAAAAACGAUCCCUGUUUAAAAAAAAAAACUGUUUAUUGCAUCUUCAAUGUAAGAGUACAUGUGCAAUCGACUUUCAUUGAUUUGACUGUGUUUAAACGGCGGCAGGAGCUGUGGCUUAGGCAGAGAAGUUGUGAAUUUCGCUCGUAGAACAUCAGGUACAAGAGAGGUCGUAGGAAGAGUUACGGUGCCGGCUUUCCAAAGGCCGAUGGCAGAGGUUGAGCUUUUUCGCUGCAUGCAGCUUCCAAUAUUAUCUACCCCGGAGGGAUGAAAGGCUUGGUCGACCUAGUCAGAGUAAUCGGAUAUUCCUGUAGAGAAUCUAUAUUUCUUCGUGAGCCAAAAUCAACUCGACCAUUCUAUUAUAUUUUCGAAUUGCUCAGAAAAAAAGAAAUAUACCCUGUUUUCGCAUUUAUAUCGCGAAUUUUACAGUUAGUGAAAACUAUGUGACCCCAUAAACCAAGCUUAUGUUGGUUUUUUCAGAGGAACAAGCAUACAAAAGUGAAAGACAGCAAGUACAAGGAGGGCUGGAUGGAAGUGAAGAAGAAGAAAGUGGCCAAGGACUUGGCGGCUCGCGUCGACAACACUCCUGUCGGCGGAAAAAGGAGGGACUACGUCUCGAGCAUCCUCUGGAACAUCAAAUACCUCUCCGGGUUCGUGAUUUUCGAAUAUUUGUUUGGAGGAGCGAGGACAAAUCUUCUCAACAAUCUCAUUUCCAAUUUCAGAUUCAAAUGGGUGCAUUUAACAGAACAGCUACAGUUCGAAAAACGAGUCGAGCAGCGACGAAUGCAAGUAGAAAUCGCACAGGUUUGAAAAAAAAGAUUUUUGUUUUGAAAAUAAAUGCUGAUGUCAGGCUCGACGAGUAGCUGCUCAUUUCGAGGAGCAAGUGGAGAAGGGCCGACAUCUGAAGAAGCUGGAGCAGAAGGUCCUUGCCCAAGGCGGCAAGUGGCAGCCGUUCACUCGUGACGUCGGCCAGAAGGCCGUGACGCGUGGCAAGAAGACGUCGAAGAAGCAGAAGAAGGCGACGACGGCGACGCCUAGCGAAGAUCUGAUGAAAAUGAUCUUCGAUAGGUGA